AAAGUUAGUUGAUUUGUUUUAAUUUUUUUGACAACACGCGGUUUUUUAUUAUAAAAUUUCAUUGAAUUUAAACAAAAAAUGUCUAAUUUUGAGUUAUUAAGUGACCAAGGUCUACGUUUAGAUGGCCGUAGGCCCCAUGAGUUACGCAGAAUCAAAUGUAAAUUGGGAGUUUUUGAACAACCGGAUGGAAGUGCCUAUUUGGAGCAAGGCAAUACCAAGGUAUUGGCCGCUGUAUAUGGACCCCAUCAAGCUACCACUAAAAAGUUGGAUGUGAAUGAAGUGGUCAUUAAUUGUCAAUAUAGCAUGGCCACCUUUUCCACAGCCGAGAGAAAAAAUCGUCCUCGGGGAGAUCGUAAAUCACAAGAAAUAACUUUAUACCUUAGGCAGGCGUUAAGAGCAGCCAUUAAAACUGAAUUAUAUCCCCGUUCACAAAUUGAUGUUUAUGUAGAAGUUUUACAGGCUGAUGGUGCUAAUUAUGCAGUGGCUUUAAAUGCCGCCACAUUGGCUUUGGUUGAUGCCGGUAUAUGUCUCAAAGAAUACGUGGUAGCAUGUACUGCCUCUUUAAGUAAAAACAAUAUACCUCUAACGGAUGUCUGUCAUUUUGAAGAAGUUUCUGGUGGUCCAACAUUAACCGUGGCUUCUCUACCAAACUCUAAUAAAAUUGCUUUUAUGGAAAUGUCCCAACGUUUUCAUUUGGACAAUUUGCCCAAAGUUAUGGAACAGGCUUUAGCAGGCUGUCGUGAAAUUCAAGCUAUUAUGGAAACAGCUGUGCGUAAGCAUUUAAUGCAAAUGGGUUCUGCCGGAGAUUGGAGUAACAUAGCAAAAUAAAAACAAAACAAUUUAUUGAAAACAAAAA